AUGGGCGUCCCGAAAUCCGUCUUAUGGCCAACGCACGUCUUCUCCGACGGGUACUUCUACGGAUGGACCUCUCCCCUUAUAUGCGUUGCCGGAAUUAUACAGGCCGAAACUAAACAAAUUGCGGAGGCUAAUCUGCAUAGUGUUGUUGCAAGCCCGGAGUGGGGUGAACUUUCAGGCCGAUGUGGUUGUCAUCCUGUCAUCCUCGGCUUUUGUUCGUUUGACUUGAAGCAUACUUUACAACCACCUCGGUUGGAAUUUUACGAGAAUAAGCAGGAUCAUGACAUUGAAGGCAACCUAAUUCUGAUCUAUUACCGGCAACCCAAACAUGAAUUGAUGCAAUUCUACUCUCUUGAUGUCAGCGAAUUAGACAUUCUCCCAUCCCAGCCAAAUAGAGGAACUACAGAGCUGAGUUCGACCCAGGGUGACACAAUACUUAUGCAUGACUUCACGAAACCGUCAUUCGGUCGAGCGCCAGCUCUCAAUUCUCUGGUGUUGCACCAGAUUAACGCUGCACGAAUGUUGUCAGACAUGGUGGAACGAAGCAAUUUAUAUCAUGAGGCUACUCAACCUCCAGUCCUACCUAUGGUCACUCGUGGCGACCUCACUUCCGAUUUCACCACUCAGUUUCAAACCUUGCGAUCGGCAACAGCUCGAGCGAUGCAUUUCAUCGUAUCCCACUUGAGGAACAUAUCAGCUACAGUCGAGCAAUUCGACAUACGAUUCGAGCAGGCUUCCUUCGUUCAUGUGCAACACUCCGUGAUAUACUCGGGAGGGAACUCAAGGUCAGUCACCACAAUUUCUCGAUACGUCAAAUUCUACAAUUGCAUUUGGCUAGUCUUGAAUGACAUCAUCAUCGGAAUCGCCUUUGGCUCAUUCAUCUGCGAGAACCACCAAGCCCUGUCUCAUCUGUUGCAGCACUGGGUUCAGCUUUACCUCGUUGACCAUAUGCAGCGAGCGUUGCUGUGGCUCAAUGAUUGGCCUGCAGGCCUCAAGUUGAACACCGAGCUUAGUCAGUUUUACUGCCAUACCUUGCUGGGAAUCAUCUCGAUCUGGGGACAGAUCCUACGAUUUGUGUCGCCGUAUUUUCCGGCCAUGUUCUGGACUGUAGGCGUCAUGGGCUGCUGCGGGAUGACCAUGAUAAUUUCAUUAUUCUUCGAUGCGCUCAAGUUCUUCACUGCCCACUUAUAUCUUUGCUACCUCCUCGUCGCAACAACAUACCGAUACCUGCUUGGCUUCAUAGGCUCACUGUGGAAUCUCUUUCGCGGGAAGCGCUUCAAUGUCUUGCGCAAUCGGCUCGAUUCUUGGGAUUAUGAUAUUGACCAGUUACUGCUCGGGACCAUUCUCUUCACCCUAACUGCAUUCCUCUAUCCGACAGUGCUGACGUACUAUUCCCUCUUCGCAAUGACCCAUCUUGUGGUGAUCAUGCUUCAAGCGAUCUUGGACACUGUCUCAGCGUUGCUCAAUCAUUUCCCUCUGUUUGCAUUGAUGCUUCGUAUCAAGGACCCAAUGCGUAUGCCAGGUCGUGUCACACUCAAACGCACAAAGGAGGGGACGUUGAUGCUUGAGAAUCAGCCAGCACAGUUCUCCUCUAUUUUCACGCACUAUGCGCACCUAUGGUCUCGUCUGUCCUCGCACUAUCACCCUUUGCAGAUGUUGAAUCUUCUAGUGUUAGGUCGGCGACUAACACCUAUCUCCCGUGCCUUGAUACGAUUCAGUAUGAUCACGGAUCGCAGGGAUGUGAGUAGCAAGUAA